AUGUCAGAGAGCAUCCCACCAGAAAGCACAUCAGGCCAUGUGCCGCCCCCAAUCAUUUAUUCACCGGACAUCAUGGGCACAUUAGACGAGGAUGAAUCAUCGUUGUCUCAGUGGAGAAGGGACCUCAUCAUGUGCUCUCCGAUCAUCACGUCUGAGGAGAAACUCGACAGAUAUCGUCCUGGUGGCUAUCAUCCAGUGCUUGUUGGAGAUACAUUUAAAGACGGACGUUAUACCAUUGUUAACAAACUGGGCUUUGGUGGGUACUCUACAGUCUGGCUUGCCUGGGACAAGGACCAGUGUAGACGUGUCGCUUUGAAAAUCAUGGUUUCGGACGUGACUGAUCCCAUAGAGAUACGAAGCUACGAGCAUCUGAACAAGAAAGCUAGCGGAAACCUCUCCCAGUACUAUAUCGCCACGAUGCUGGAUUCGUUUGUCCACGAAGGUCCAAAUGGAUCUCACCACUGCUUGGUAUCGGAAUUUCUUGGGCCCAGCCUCGACCGUUUUAUGAGGGAACACGAAAAACAUCGCUACACUAAAAAGCUCGCCAUGUACAACGUUGGGAACAUCGCGGAUAUGAUGCACCAAGUGAUGGAAGCUGUCAGCUUUAUUCAUGAGGCUGGAAUGGCCCACGGAGAUAUCCAAGCGGGAAAUAUAGCAUUCUGCCUUCCUGACGGCUUCCUCCAGAAUGGUGACCUGACCGACGACUUUGUUGGAAUCCCACAAGAGGAACGUGUCUUAAGCGUUGACGGAAAACCCCGCGCGGAAGGAGUACCGCCUUUGAUGUAUGGAUCAGCAAAGUGGCCAGGAUUGUUUUCACUUAAUUUCGAAGGCGGCCCUAUUGACAUGCGACAUCGCACACUCGAUAUCCGUCUGUAUGACUUUGGCCAGAGCUUUUUCCACGGCAAAGAGCCAGAAGUUCUCAUGCAACCACGAAUGAUGAAAGCCCCAGAAGGAAUUUUGACGGAAAAGUUUGACUACAGAGUUGACCUUUGGUCUAUCGGUUACUUGAUCAAAUGGCUAAGCUUAGAGGAACACUGGUUUCUCCAACAAGGAAGAGGGAUGUAUGAGAUAGCCUACAGUAUGAGAUGGUUUGUGGAAGAUAUACCAGAGGAGUGGCUGCCAAAUCUCGAGGAACUGCGAUUAAAGCACGGAGCUCGUUUGAUCACAGAGGAAGAAUAUCCACGGCCCUGGCUUGAGGGCACCACUGCCAUCGACUUCGUAAAAACCGGUCUUGACACAGCUACUGAUCGUCUCGUUCUUAUCAUCAAAGCACUCAUGCGCUGGUUGCCAUCCAAUCGGAUCUCCUUGAGGGAAGCAAUGCUCAUGGUUGAAGAGCUGCAGACUCACUGGGAAACAGCAGAGAAUGACGCUGUUUUCUGGUAUGGACUAUUCCAUAAAGACGACUCGGACUCGGACUCGGAAUCGACCUCAAAAAAGAGUGCCUGGAAUCGUUUAGAGGAAGAAGGCUGGUCCGAUGAACGAAGAGAAGCAGAACCAGAGGAAUGGAAAAGAGUGUCUGAUGAAGCGUCUGAAAAGGAUUGGCAUGAGGGGAGGCAAAGGUGGGUUAAAACGAUGAGAAAACAUGCAAAAGAGCAGGCUUCCGAGCUCCCAUCCGCUCAUCCAUUCCCGAGAAUUCAUAUUAGCCCUGAAGAGGUAGAGAGAAUGCUGGAAUUCAUUCGUCGCGACUUACCGAAACCUCCCCCAAACGACUCUGCUUGCCCCAAGGAGCCUCUCCAGGAACCACAGAAUUUGGAAGUUGGCGAAUUGCAGCAGUCUGAAACACCAAACCCGAAGUGCGAAUGUGAUCCUCCACAGACAGAGCAGCAGGCAGGAGAAAAUCCAUUGGAAUGCCAACAGAAACAGACACGAGUGGAGGGCACGCUUCUAGCAUCGCAAGGGACCCCUACUCUCCCGACUCUAGAAAAAGCAGAAAGUGCACCCAGCAGCCUUGGGCCGUCUGGGUUUGAUUUGACGCAAGCUACUCUUUUGGCUAGCCAGGUGGGCCUGCAACCCAUGGAAAUGACACCUGAUCCGGUGGAAAGCCAUGAGAGCAAUGAAAAUUCCCCAUCGACGAGUUCUGGUAGCCCCAAGGAGUCCUGCUCUAGUCCAGGGCAGUCAAAAUCUCUUCCGGACAGCCAGACCGAGCAGGGUUCUGUGCUUUCAGAGCUAGCUUCUCGAGGCGAUGAUGCACCGAAGUUCCGACUGGCAGAAGAUGGGCUGGAGGUGUCAGAACACCAAGAUCAGACCCCACCGGCUAGCAAAGCCCCAGAAACCAUCGAUAAUUCGCUGCCCAAAGCAAACGAACUAAGCUCUGGGGCAUCAGAGGAUCUCGAGGUGCAGCAGGUUGAGGUUGAGAGAAAGCGCUCCUGGUGGGCAACGCUGUUGAGUCCGCUUUGGCGGCCAUGGAAGCGAUUCCGAAGAUCCUAG